AUGUCGGACGUCAGGCCCUUGCCCUUCAUUUAUCAGUUUGCAGCAGGUGCGGUGGCCGGGAUCUCGGAAAUCCUGGUUAUGUACCCACUAGAUGUGGUGAAAACCAGAAUGCAGUUGCAGGUUUCCGGUGGUGCCGGUCCCCAAUAUCAUGGUGUUGUGGACUGUAUCAAACAAAUUGUUGCUAAAGAAGGUGCAUCUCGUCUGUACAAAGGUAUUUCUUCUCCAGUGCUAAUGGAAGCGCCUAAGAGAGCAACCAAAUUUGCAUGUAACGAUGAGUUCCAAAAGAUCUACAAGCGCGAAUUUGGUAACGGAAAAUUAACUCAAUCCUUGAGUAUUUUGAGUGGUGCUUCUGCUGGUUGUUGUGAGGCUUUUGUUGUUGUGCCUUUUGAAUUAGUUAAGAUCAGAUUACAAGACGCCUCUUCGAGUUACAAGGGCCCUAUCGAUGUGGUCAGAAAGAUCAUCGCCAAAGAAGGUGUGCUUGCAAUGUACAAUGGCUUAGAGUCCACCCUUUGGAGACAUGGUGUUUGGAACUCUGGUUAUUUCGGUUUGAUUUUCCAAGUUAGGAACCUCUUGCCAAAGGCUCAAUCAAAAACAGAACAAACAAGAAACGAUUUGAUUGCUGGUACGAUUGGUGGUACCUUUGGUUCAUUGUUGAGCACUCCAUUCGAUGUUGUUAAAUCGAGAGUUCAAAACACGGCUGUCGUGCCUGGAGCAGUCAGAAAAUAUAACUGGUCGUGUCCCGCUCUCUUAACCAUCUACAAGGAAGAAGGUUUCAAAGCUCUUUACAAGGGUUUCGUUCCUAAAGUAUUGAGACUCGGUCCUGGUGGUGGUAUCUUGCUGGUAGUCUUCACUGGUGUUAUGGACUUUUUCAGAGCCUCCUACUACAAGUAA